AUGGUGGAUGCUGUAGCAGGUGGAGCUUUAAACAGUAAGACACCGGAGCAGGCGCAGAACCUGAUAGAGGAGAUGGCCAUGGACAACUACCAAUGUGGCCCGCAUUACGAUGCAAACUGUAAUGCGGGAGGUAUAUUUGCUAGUUCCUCUACUUCAUCUAAUGUUUUUGCUGACCAUGAACAGGAUAAUUACAUGCGGAAUGCACCCGAACAGCAGAACAACCCUUAUAGCAGCACAUACAAUCCUGGGUGGAGAAAUCACUCCAAUUUUAGUUGGCGCAACAAUAAUGCCCAGGGUCCACCAGGUUUUCAGAGACUGCAUCAGCAACCGCCACAGCAACAGCAGCAAGCUAGACCAUCAGAGCUUCCUCCACCAGCCGAGAAGAAAUCUAACUUGGAGGAGCUGAUGAUGAAAUUUAUCACGUCGACUGAGACAAGGCAACAAGGAGAGCUCCCCAGCACCACUGAGCCUAACCUGAGGGAGCACGUGAAUGCCAUCACUUUGCGUUCAGGUAGGUUAGUUUCAGCUCCUUCUAAGCAUGUUUUUGAUGAUGCUACUAUUGAUGUGCAGAUCGAGGCGAGCAGUAAGGUUAAGGAAUCCGAGAGGGAAAAGUUGCAACCAAUCCUAAUCAGGGAGUAUCAACCCAAGAUUCCUUAUCCUGCUAGACUGAAGCAAGUAGAAGCACAAGAGCAGUUCAGUAAGCUUUUAGAUAUUUUUAGACAACUGCAUAUUAACUUGCCUUUUGUUGAUGUAUUGAAGCAAAUGCCAAAGUAUGCAAAAUUCUUGAAGGACAUACUUAGCAACAAAAGCAAGCUGGAAGAGGUAGCAUUUGUAAAGCUCAAUGAAGAGUACUCAAUAGAGUUUCAAAGUGAUUUACCAGAGAAACGUCAUGACCCAGGGAGUUUUACUAUUCCUUGCACUUUGGGUAACUUGUGGGUUGAUGAGGCAUUAGCUGAUUUAGGCGCUAGCAUAAAUAUAAUGCCCACAAGUAUGUUUAAUGAGCUAGGUUUAGGGGAAGCAAAACCUACUAGGAUAUGUAUUCAAUUAGCUGAUCAUUCUGUUAAGCUUCCUAGGGAGAUUGUAGAAAAUAUGCUAGUCAAGACCUUUCCUUGCCACGCUAGAGCCAAAAUAGAUGUAUUCGAGGGAAAGUUAGAGAUUACUGUAGGGGAUGAUUGUGUUACUUUCAGUUUACCCCUAGUCGAGAGUCCUCCCGCCAAUCAGGUUCAUGCCAUUUACGCUAUUGACGGGAUUGGUUUUGCAUGUGAUAAACCAGCACAUGAUAUACUAAUAGAUUCUGCUAUGCAUCCUUCUUUGCCUGUUGAUAUGUGUCACUCUUUUAAAGAAAACAACUUGCAUCAAUUUGAAACUUCGCAUUAUGAUACACGCGAGAAGGGUAGUUGCAAGUUUUUUUAUGACAGGUCAUCUAGACAGGAUUGGGAGUGGAUGACUAGACAUCCCAACUUGGCAUGGAGAGCACCUCCUUGGGCAUCUACUGCGCCCAUUGGACUGUCUCCUUGUGGUUAUAUGCCUCAGGCCCCAGCUUAUAAUGCGCCCACCUUCUCAAUUUGCCAACAGGGCAGGGAUGCUACUGCAGAGUCCAGCUAA